CCUUCCGUCCCAUGUGUUAUGCCUCAUUUCCUAUUGACUUUUUUUCUCUGCUGCUGCGAGAGAUUGCCAUUAUGAGCGAGUGUCUUCCGUCGGUCAGUCUCUGGGAAUCGGUGCGUUUUGCUGCCGCCGCACUGCUCUCCGCCGCCCCCUCACUUUCUCCCUCGGUCGGGGCCUCCCUCUGGGCUGCCCCGCGGUAAAGGUCCGCCAGGGAGUAGGUGCAGCAGAGGCAGUAGCGAGUAGAUAAGAUUCCGGGACGUGAGGGUGAAGGGCAAUGCUAAGCCGAAGCCGUGGUAGCGGAGCAUCAGGACACCAGGACACAAGCGGGGUCAGUUGGAGAUCACAUCUACCCGGCGGCCAGGCAGCCAUGUUUACCAGACAGUAGAGACGCCUGGCGCCCGCCACCGGAACCAACCUUUCGCCCACAACUUCUCAUAUUUUCCCUCAUUCUUCCCUAUGUUUUCCUUGGAAAUUGGAGAUGAGUUGGCAGGAACGUCUUUGAGGAGUGCCUCGCCUCCUAUAGUAAGAUAAGGCGGCGUAGUGGCUUGGGCUGAGCGGGCUGGGUGUGCUCGUACCUCUGGCAGCCGAGUUCUGGACUGACUAAGGAAGACAGACCUGCCUCCGUCGCUGGCCUCCAGGACGGCGCCGUGUACAUGUGGACCUUACUGUAGGAAAUGCCGUGUGUGCGUGUGUUUGUGUACACUGUUUGAGGGUGUGAACACUGCUCUGCCGACCCGCCAGUUCUUCUCCGUGGCUUGUCAGGAUUAGCUUGAGUGUGUGUGUCGCAUAAGAAGAUGUUUGUUAAGGAAUACGCUCCCAAAACAACACAGGACCUCCAGCCGCGCCCUCGUCAGUUGUCACCCCCAGUGAGUGUUCUGCCGCCUUGGGUCACCAGCAGAGAGCCCGGGCCCGCCGCCUGCCUUCUCUGAGGACGCCAGCCUCCCCAGGGGCGCCCUGAGCCCUCCCCGGGACACUGCAGCCCGGGAGAGCUGCCUCCCCCAGGCGUCAGGAGGACUAACGCCGCAGAGGCAGACGUGAGCUGUCCCUCGCCGGGAGGCCCUUGGCCCGCCUGGAGACGUCGAAGUCGACUUCUUCAGGGCGCUUUCGGUGUCUGAGAGCAGGCGCCGCGGGGAGCUGAUCCCCAGGGCGACGUGAGGUGAGAGUCGAGCAGCGCCGUUUGACGCGACCCAGUGCGGAGAAAGAGCCGCCAAUCGUGUCCCUCGCGCCCUUCGCCUACUACAUCAUGGCGGCCGUAGCGGUGGUGUCCGCGGCAGCCCUCUAGGGAAAAUGAAAUUUAGGUUGCUACCACUGACUGUUGGACCAGGCUUGGAUACCUAGCAGUGACCGGCGCGCCCCUCCGGCCGGCGAGUGUGUGUGUCGCGCCGCGGCGGUGCUCGGGAAAACAGGACUCGUGGCGCCCAGGCGAGGGUGGCCCGCCCAGGUGACUCGCCGCCUCGCUCACCCGGCUCUCCCAGUCCGACCCUUCCAAGCCUGACCUAACCGACCUCUCGACCUCGCCAUGGACACCCUCCACGCGCCCACACCUGCCCCCGCCCGCGACAAGGCGGUCAACGGGGGCCACGCCCACGUCAUCACCUCUCUCAGCUCACCACUUCUGCCGCCCAAGGUGGCCCACGUGGCGCCCCCAGCCCAUGUGGCCCACCCUCCCCCGACACACAUGGCCUCGCCCCACCUCAGGCACCGCACACUGGUGGCCAACCCACCGCCUCUCGUGGCCCACCAACAUCCGGCCCAUCAACACCCGGCCCACCAACAUCCACCUCACCAACACCCUCCUCCCCACCAACACCCACCACCUCCACACCAGCACCCUCCACCUCCACACCAGCACCCACCACCUCAUCAACAUCCGCCUCCCCAUCAACACCCGCCUCCUCACCGACUCCCACCAACGCCCACGGAGUCUCCUAUACCCACGCACAAGGACCCGCCGCCCGCUGCCCACUCCUCGCCCGCUCUAGGACAGCGGAGCGGCAGCAGCGGGGAGAGUGAGGGCGGGGGCAGCGAGACCUCCGCCCCUCCCAAGGACGCCCCCAUCAACGGCAGGGCCUCGGGGACACCCAGGGAGGAGGACUCUUCAGACACCGACAUGGAGAUCAAGAGCCUCGACCUGACCGGUCCCCGCCCUGGCCCGCCCCUUGCCGAUGGCCGUGUCCUGGCGCGUGGCGGGGUAGCGCGGGUCAGUCUGAGGCAGCGCCAAGGCCCGGAGAAGGAGCGCCCGAUGUCCUGGGAAGGGGAGCUGUCAGAUGCGGAUGCCACGAACAACGCUAAACAGGAGCCGGUGGAAGAACAGAUGAGGGUGGACGCUGAGGAGCCAAUGUCACCUAUGUCCCCCAUGUCUCAGGGCUCAGACCACGACCAUGAGAAACCCGGCGUCAGACAGGUGAAGCUGGAGGAGAGUGGGGAAGAGCAGACAGUUUACUCCUCCCAGCCCGCCUCCCACACCGACUCCCCAGUUCCCCCCAGGAGCGACUCUGGCUGUGAGGUGUUGCCCGGCCCAUACACCCCCAGCCAGAGCCCCCUCCUGCCUCGCCUUCACCCCCACACCCACUCCCCCACACACCUCUACUCGCCUACGCAGUCCCCGGGCCCCAGCAGGCACGUCUCCGGGUUUUCUUCUCCCUACAGCCACACACCGUCGACGGGCCUCAGUCGUAACAACAGCGACGCGUCUCAGUAUGGCGGGUCCUACAACAGCUACUCCUCCGCCCCGUCACCCAUCUCCCCGACCCACUACUCGCCCUCACAGUCACCCAUCCAGCAGCGGCACAUCAAUUUCCCAAUGCCGACCCAUCAGUCUCCCAACCUGGGCCGCCAGUACUCCGGGGCAGCUCCCGGCGCCCUCUACAGCGCCCCCCUAGACCUGCGUGAGUCUCACAAUCCCAACGCCGUCGGCCAUCCGGACUCCAAGGAUGUGAAGGAUGACGAGCGGCCGGCGACAGACUUGCAGCAGCAUUCUGUCCUCGCGGCGCAGUCUGGCAUCACCAGACAGCAGCUCAUCAAUAGCCCUUGUCCAAUCUGUGGAGACAAAAUCUCAGGCUUCCACUACGGCAUCUUCUCCUGUGAGUCCUGUAAAGGUUUCUUCAAGAGGACUGUACAGAACAAAAAGAACUAUGUGUGCAUGCGAGGCUCCACGUGUACGGUGAGCACCAGCACCAGGAAGAAAUGCCCCGCCUGUAGGUUCGACAAGUGCCUCUGCAUGGGUAUGAAGCUCGAAGCCAUCCGUGAAGACCGGACUCGUGGUGGGCGCAGUACAUAUCAAUGCUCUCCUUACCCUCUUCCUCCUUCCCUCGUGACUCCCACCACCACCUCCGGCCACCAGCUGGACCCCCAGAGGCUCCCUGAUGCCACGGCAGUCAAGGCAGAGCCCUCAGAUGGCGAAGAAAUCAAACCUUCACCAUCUGAUGAUAAGAGACCAAUACCUCUCCUCCUGCAGCAAAUCCACGAUGUUGAGCACCUUUGGCACUGCAGUGAAAGUGAAAUGGAACAGCUGAGGCAGUCUGAGGAAGCAGCUCGCCAUGCCAUGGAAAACAACUCCCCAGACUUCUUGAACAACCUCUGCCACAUAGCUGACCACCGGCUCUACAAGAUUGUCAAGUGGUGCAAGUCCCUCCCUCUCUUCCGACACAUAACGAUUGAUGACCAAAUUUGUUUAUUGAUCAAUUCUUGGUGCGAGUUGCUGCUUCUGUCCUGUUGUUUUCGAUCAAUGGACUCCCCAGGUGAGAUCAGGGUGAGCUCCGGCCGCACCAUGACCCUGCAGCAAGCAGAGUCCAUGGGCAUCGGACCAUGCAUUGAGCGCAUGCUGAACCUGACCUACCAGCUCAGCCGCCUCCAGGUGGACAAGUAUGAAUACAUGGCAAUGAAGGUCAUCGUGCUGCUGUCAUCAGAUGUGUCUGGACUCCAGGAGGGAGAGAAGGUGCGGGACUCUCAGAAGAAGGUGGUGCAGGCACUGCAGGAGUACACUCUCACUCAUUACCCUCACCUGCCGCCUAAAUUCGGGGAACUUCUCCUUCGCAUUCCCGAACUUCAGCGGACCUGUCAGGCGAGUAAGGAAAUGCUCUCUAUGAAGAAGAAAGAGGGCGAUGUGCCAAGUUUCAACUUCCUCUUUGAGCUACUAAGAGGGGACCAUUAGUUAAGGUUGGAGUGCAACCUCGUGUUAAGCAUCAGUUGCUGCAUCUCCCUCAGGUAUGUGUGAUCACUUUGGCCUCAUGACGUGUAGUGUUGCAAGGGUACAGCAUCAGUGCAAGAGUCAACAACAUGCCAUGAUAACUCACCUCUACAGGGUUAUGACCUAAAGUGAUGACAACAUUUUGGCUGUGAUAGUGGACGUCACCAUCUCAUCCACCUGACUCACUGGAUCAAUAAUUUCCUCCUCCAAGAGGAAGAUUCAGGUAUAAAUCUGUACAGAUUGUGUAUGUUGAGCUGGAAAGUACAGGGAGUUACUGAGUAAUCUUUGUUAUUUUGUGAAUAAGAGAGAUGACUCAGCAGCACUCGGUAUUUUAAUAUUACGUAUGUAGAUACGAUUCAGAUGUCCUACAUGUAAUUCUGAGAUACCAAAUGCAAUAUAGAGUUUUAUAAGUGAGUCCACUGGGUAGAUUAGAGAAGUUAUAAGGAUAUGCGUGACCUGAGUUACCACGUGUUGAGUGAGCGCAUCUGUCGCCACUAUACCUGAUGGGAGAUCAUCUGAGGCUGUGGCAUGGGCUCCGGGCUACACGCUGUCUUCCAAUGGAUAUACUCUCAAGAAGCAGUACAGUAUUUUUUUAGGGAAUAUCAUCUGCCAUGCCAUGUGUCCCGCAUCACCAUGUUGCCGACAUUACCUCUGCUGUCUCCCCUCACUCCCUGUGGCCAAAGAUUGUGAUAGCUGGUCGGGCAAGCUGGGCACUGUGCACAUUUGCAUAUUUCUUUAAAUAUGACACCCUGUGCACCUUUGUGUUAAUUGCUAUUUUUGUACUCUCUUUAGGUUAGUCUCUGCUCUCUCUGUAGAUAGAGCCAGAAGACUUUAUAAGUCAAACUCAGUUUAAUUCUACAUAGAAAACUUAUUUUUGUUAAACAGUCUAAUGAUAAGUUAUUUUGAAUGUUGUGGAGAUGUGUUGAUGGUGGCUGAGGUGAGAGGGAGCAGCUGGGCAGAUGAGGCAGCAUGGGUGAGCAGCAGCAACAGCAGCAGCAGCAGCCGCGGCAGUAGAGGUGCCAGAGGGCCACCAUAGACUGAAACUCUCUAAUGCUAAUUGACGAUCAACAAAAUCUUGUUGUACCAAAAGUAUGAAUUGAGAUUGUGUAAAUUGAAGCUUAUAUUAGUAGAUGCUUUAAUGGCAUAAAUCUGCCCGUUGACUGACAGUAUUAGACACCUACUAGUCACUCGACAGUCACUUUUACCGCUAAAAAGUCAUGCACUCUUGAAGAAAUCCCAGUGAUGCCCAAGUCAGUAGUAUUAGAGAGCUCUGGUCUUGGUUCGGCUUUGUGAAUCUGUGACAAUUCCACUGUGCUGGGGAAUUGUGCAACAUGAUCACGCUGGGCAGGUGUUGAGCGGCACCAGAGGGCCUGUGGGAUUCUACCUCAGUCAGUCCCUAAUUUCUCAUAUGCUGUCACUCCUUAGCUACAAUUUCAUGAUGUCAACAUCACAACUCCUGCCUUCACAUUGUCAUGCAUUGUGGAGGCCUUGGGUUGUGAGAACUUGCAUACAUGUAACAGUACUCAUAUUUGCGUGUACUCAUGAGUGAAGUGAAUCCUGCAGCCUCGGUCCGCCCAACACCACAACCCACCAACCUUACACACAGUACCUGUCAACCAGCAACUAACCAAGUGUGGCAGUGUGGCACCCUAGAGUUAUAACCCUUUCACUAUUUUUAUAGUUUCUACUACUCACCUUCUUUAUAUAUGAUAUAUUUCCUAAUGCUAUUCGAUACAUUUUAUCUACAUGAAAAUUCUAUCCUUGUUAUAUGUUGAUAUUGUUUUAUAUAUUUAAAGAGAUCUUAUAUGAAAUUUUUCUUCAUAACUCUACGUUUCCACAUUGUCCAACAUGAUGAGCUACGAAUACUGUAAUAUCUUCUGUGAUGAUAAUUUAGCACUGUGUUCCAUGUACUAUACUGUCUCCCUAUGCUACCCUUAGCAUUCCAGGGUUAAACAGAAGUGAGAGAGGAGCACAGUGCAAGCUUUUAUACUCAAACUUUAACCUAUAAGAUACCUAAUAGGCUGUGGCCAAUAUCUGCUACAUUUGUAAAUGGAGGUGCUUCCUUGAGUGGUCCUCACCUGAGGCUCCGUGUCUCCAGAAUCCUCAGCCUUCACUCAAAUCCUUCCUCAAAAAAAGUCAACCUUCUCUCUGUUGGCCCAGUGACAACGGGCUUCAGGACAGGACCACUUGGAACAGGCCACGUAUUAUGCAGUGUAUCAGUGUUGGAGUCUAUGACGAGCUGUUUCUUAAAACAAUAAGCUGUUUUCCAGUGUCUUUCCAUUUUUCUAGUAGCUCUCAGUGUAUCGUUGUUUUAGCCUCUCUUCCAUCUUGCGCUGUGCACAAGAUUAUUUGGGAAGAGACGAAGAGAUGGUACUAUCGAAUUUAGUGUUCUAUGUUUUCUACAGAAGAGAUUUUUAAUUUAUUGCAUUACAUUUCCUGAUAUAUUUUUUUUCUCAGUUUCACACCACUUUCAUGACGGCUGUUAUUGGUAACAUUCCAUGAAGUCUAAGAUAUUUGUUGCCCUCUUUUUGAUAAACAAGAUUUUCUCAUGUGAUAUUAUUUUAAUAAUGAGCAAUUCAGAGGCUGCUGGGUAACUCCAAAGAGUCGAGACGGCCUCAUGAGAGUGGUGCUCGGGUCGGCGGCGAGAUGGCGCGCGGGGGCCCUCCCAUCUGGCCUACACCACAGUCACUUGUUCAUAAAACUUGAUUCAUUAACUUUUUGGCACGAUAUGGAUGUACGUAAUCAAUUCUUUUUAAUCAUUACUCAUUACCGAUGCAUAUGUCAUCUUGAAGCCUUGAGUGGUCCGUGGGCGAGAGGGUGAGUGGUCUCAGGGAUCCCCCGUGCAGAGCGCAGCAGAGACCGUCCAGGGUGCUGACAUUGACAGAGGCUAGCGGGCGGGGCUCGAGCCGUCGGGGGUGCAGGGGCGGGACUCACCUCUCUUUUUCCCGAUGCACCGAAAACUUGUCCAUCUCUGAAUUACUGUCACCAUUCAUUCUGGAGAAAAGAAUCCACAUAAUUUUUUCAUACUUUAUUUUUACCUCAUAACCAUAACAGCUUUGUUUUCAUACAUUUUUUUUAAUGUAUAAUUAUAAUUAAACUCGGGAUGGACAAGUAUUCCAUGCAGUCCACCACCGCAUCACGCCCCUGCCCCCCCCACGCAGCACACGCCCACACCAGUCCACCCCGGCAAGCCAAAUCACUAGUCCUUACACACUUUCUAUUUUUCGGAGCUCGACUCGUGAAUACCACAAAAGGUUUACCAGAUUAGCUUUCAAUGCUAACACCAACAACCUUCGCCUGGUAACACUGGAGUUAUUGGAAUCUCUUGCCUCAUUGAAUCUCAUUAAAAAGAAAAUUAAAGAAACGAAAAGGUGAUGUCUAAAAUUGUUGUGAAAAAAAAGUAUAUAAAUAAAAUAUAUAUAUGUAUAUGUAAAUUCCAACGAUAAAGGAAGAAACCUGCAAAUCAAAAUGAACUGUAAUCUGUGCUAUGGAGGAUUUUUCAUAAAGCUAGGUCGUUUGUAUUUUUGGUAUCCUGUACAUAAUUGUUGUCUACUGGAGCAAGUACUUAGUAUUUUAAGGAAACUUUUAAUAAAUAUACUUAAAUA